AUGUGUAAAUUUAUGGAAAAAAGAAUACAUGUGUUAGAUUUAUUACAACUACAAUCAUCUAGUACACCCAAAUCUAAGCUUACCAACAAAUUCAACAGUCGAGCAUCAACUCAUACUGUGACUGCAGCACAAGGUAAUAAGCAGCCAUGCAAUAUUUGUUCGCAGCAUCAUAUUAUUUAUCAGUGUAAUUUAUUUAUGAAGUCAACAGCAAGUGAGCGACAUGCAUUGGCUAAGAAGGCCAAAUUGUGUAUAAAUUGUCUACGGGCCUCACAUUCUUCCAGUCAAUGCUCAUCUGACAAAACAUGUGAAGAAUGUGGUGGUAAACACCAUACACUUCUACACUUUGGUGACUCUAAGGACGAUAAAAAUACUUCUGAAGUGCUCACGUUGACUAUCAAUACACAACCAUCAACAUCUAGUGGGAUAGACGCUGUGGCAGUCAAUCAUGAUGCGUUAAGAGAAAAGUCAACUGACAUAUUAUCAACAGCAGUAGUGCGCGUACAUGGACCAAGUGGACGGUUAGAACUAUGCCGUGCAUUAAUAGGCACUGCUUCAGAAUCACAUUUUAUUACUAAAGCCUUAGCAAGUCGGUUAGGUUUAAAAACAUUGCAUCAUCCAAUGAUAAUUGAUGGUGUAUCAAAUGCUUCUACAACCACAUCUCAAGUUUCAACGUUCAAUAUUUCUCCUAGAACGAAUGGUAGACAAAUAAAGUUAACUGCCUUAGUGUCUCCUAAGAUAACUGUUGAUCUACCCACUGUAGCCGUGGAUAUUUCACAGUGGACUCAUUUGGAACAGGUUGAGUUAGCGGAUCCAACAUUCCAUGUGCCUAACAAAAUCGACUUACUCAUAAGUGCUGAAUACAGUUUGGAUAUAAUGUUAGAUUGUAAAAUACAAGGACCCAAAGAUACGCCGUCGUUACACAAUUCUAUCUUUGGCUUGAUAGUAUGUGGAAAAUUAACUAAACCUCACAAUGAUCUAUCCAUGUUUAAGUCAGUCACGUGUUGUACCACUACAGUUGAAUCACUUGUGAACCGAUUUUGGGAACUGGAAGAGGUACCACGCCUUACAUGUAUACCCAAAGAAGACCGACAGUGUGAAAAGCUCUUCGUUGAGACAUUUACUCGAGACAGCUCUGGUUGUUAUACUGUAAGACUUCCUUUUGUUAAAAAAUCCCCGCUAGUGAAUAAUUCUUACCAGCUCGCUGUUCAACGCUUGAAGAAAGUCGAGAGAAGUCUGCAGACCAAACCUGCCUUACAUCAGCUCCAAAAAGACUUCAUGAGUGAUUAUGAAACAACCAACCACAUGACAAUAGUUGAUUCCACUAGCCCACGUCCGAUCAUAUUCAUUCCACAUCAUCAAGUCUUAAACCCAUCAAGUACCACUACUAAGCUUCGUGUUGAGUUCGAUGGAUCGUGCACUAUGGACACAGGAAACUCAUUGAACGAACUACUUCACAACGGACAAAAAUUACAAAAAAAGUCCAAUAAGAAGUUAUACCUUAAAUACGGUGACUUAUGGGCUUAUCACAUCAGUACAUCACCAUAUCAUGUUUUACGAGUCCUGAAGCAAUUGGCCUACGACGAGCAAGGGACUCAUCCUGAAGCAUCUGCGGUGCUACAGCGAGAUUUCUAUGUAGAUGAAGUAAUGACCGGACGAGAUGAUAUUACUGCCACAAUCAAGCUACACCAGGAGCUGCUGCACUUGCUCGCCCGAGGUGGGAAUUACGUAAGUGGGCCACCAACUGCGAAACAGUUUUAA